AUGUCCUCAGCCACCACAAAGAGGAAAAGGCUUGCCCAGGAUAUCAUUGGCCAACUCGAGGAUGAGUUACAAGAUGACAAUCUCAACAUGACGAUAUGGAUGAAGUUGAUAGAAGAGGUUUCCAAGAAGGACAAAGCCGAGGAUGUGCGAAACGUUUAUGAGCGGUUUCUGAGUUUGUUCCCCAAUGCCGGAGCACAAUGGACAAGUUACAUUAACUACGAGUUGGAAAGGGCAGAAUCUCAGCAAGAGUUCCAACGGAUUGAGGGACUGUUCGCGAGAUGCUUGACUAAGGUGUACCAUGUUGAUCUGUGGAAAUGCUAUCUCGUCUACGUGAGAAGAGUUCACAAUAUGAUCACUGGAGGAGAAAGUGCGCGUGGAGUUGUCCUGAAGGCUUUCAGUUUUGCUGUUGAUAACGUUGGUAUAGACUUCUUCUCUGAUAACCUAUGGGAUGAGUAUCUGGUUUUUAUUGACAGUUGGAACCCAAUAUCGUCUGCUGAGACGUUUGCGAAGACUGAUCUAAAGAGAUCUGUGUUCAGGAGAAUAAUUGGCACUCCAUUGAACAAUCUCGAGAAGUAUUGGCAGAUGUACACUGCUUUUGAAAAUGAGACAAACCCCUCCACCUCCAGGAAGUUCAUUAACGAAAAGUCCGCUGAAUACAUGAAGGUGAGAUCUGUGGUCCAGGAAUUGGCAAACGUCACCUCGGGACUGAACAGAAACUUGUUGAUGACGAAGGAACCUUUGCCUAGUGAUUUCAAGCAGCUUGCGGUAUGGAAAAGAUGGAUCGCAUGGGAACUCUCCAACCCUUUAAAACUCCCAGACGAUCCCCACAGAAAAAGAGUGGAAUACAGUUUCAAGCAAGCAUCUCAGGUAGUUCGCUUUUUCCCCGAGAUAUGGUUUAAUUAUGUCCAGUUUCUGAUCACGGUCUCUGAGCAGCUGAAUUUUGAGGUUAUCACGGAAAUCUCGGAAAUGGGACUCACCAGCAAUCCCGACAGCUUUGCUCUCACUUAUCAGAUAGCCGAGCUAUACGAAAAGAACAUGAAGCACGAUAGCAUGAAGCGAUGCUAUGAGAGACUGAUAGAGCAUUUGACCAAGAAGUACAACUAUUGGAGCGAGUUGGAAAGUCAGCUGAAUGCAACUUUGGAGGAGAACAAAAAGGAAGAAGACGUUGAGGAAGUGUCAAAAGACGAUGACGACACUGAGACGAAAGAAAAAGUGGUGGAUAGUGCCAAACUGGUGGAAAACGAAGAAAUCAAGAAGCGGCUUGGUGAGAUUCAACUCACCAAGAAGAAUUUGGGAAGAGCAAUCACUGCUGUCUACUGCUCACAUAUGAAAUCUACAAAAAGAUGCAUUGGUGGCAAAGAAUCCAGAACCAUUUUUGCAGAGGCAAGAAAGUUUGCUGGUGUUACAUGGCACAUCUAUGAUGACUCUGCAAUGAUUGAAUACUACUCCAACGAUCUCAAACUGGCUUUGCGUACCUUCAAAUUGGCGUUCAAGUAUUUCGGGACAGAGGUGGAGUUUUUGAUUCGGUACAUCGAUUUUUUGAUUUUGAACAAAGAUCUGGCAAACGCAAAGUCCGUGUUUGAAACCUCUGUGAAGAAUCUGGCCACUCAGGAGGGUCCAUUGAGACUUUUGUUCAAGAAGUUCAUGAAAGUUGAGCUCAACUACGGCGAUCUCAGUUCUGUCAAGUUACUAGAGAAAAGAUAUCAAGAAUCUUUCCCCAACGACGACAUGCUGCAAGUGUUUCAGUCAAGAUACGAAGAAGCCGGAUUUGACGGGAUCAGAGAGUUCGACCUCCACCACGGUUUCAAGAACGAGGAAUCUCAGAGCCAACCGCUUGCAGAAGAACCACCACUGAAAAAACAGAAUGCUGUCGCUAACAACACUGACCACUUUGAAGAUGCAAACAUCAGAGAGUCGUCUCCUGGACUGCCCAUUCGCGACCCAUUCGUGGUGAGAGAUGAGAUUUACAAUCUUCUGAGAGUGCUUCCCAAACCACGCUACUACACCGAGGCUAUUUUUGACGCCGAGAAAACAGUUAAGUUUUUUGAAAAUUUAUAA